GGUUUGGAGCUGGUAUCUAGCUAGUGAUAUGCAAUUUUAUAUAAUUGCGAUGACGCUGUUAAUUUUAUCGACUGUAUACUUCUACGUCGCUGUUAUAAUACUGAGUGCACUUUUAAUAGGCUUCAUUAUCCUUAGCGGAUAUAUUUCAUAUAUUUACGAAUAUGUUCCAACAUUUGAUGAACAUAUUAGACUUCUAGAUGUCUUAUAUUUCCCAUCAUGGAUGAGAACAAGUCCUUAUAUUAUUGGAAUAAUUUCAGGCUACAUUUUAAUAAAAUUAAACAACACUUUGAUUUUGAAAAGGAAAAUUAUAAUUUUAUUUUGGUGCCUUGCUAGCGCUUGUAAUAUGUCCGUAUUACUUGUGUUGCUUUACAAUCGAUAUAUGUCCGUUUUAGCUACUUCUAUUUAUGUAGCGUUGUAUAGAAUAUUUUGGGCCAUAG